CGCAAUCGUGCUCAGCGGCGUUCUGGCGUCCCAGCCUCCCUGUCGCGCAGUCUGUCGCUGCGGAGGCGGUGGCGCUUGCGGUUGGGCACUCGGUCCUCCGUGGCGGGUCACCAUCGCACCCUUAGCCGCCGCACGGAGGCAGAAAUGCCGCCGCUGCCGGGUCGGAGUCAGCUCUGGCUAGGCCUGGUCCUGGGCUCUGUGUGUGCCUCGCUAGGGUCUGCGGUGCCAACCAGCAACGCCCAAGAUGCUCUGAAUGUCCUCCUAAUCAUCGUGGAUGACCUGCGCCCCUCCCUUGGCUGUUAUGGGGACAAGCUCAUAAGGUCCCCAAACAUCGACCAACUGGCAUCCCACAGUCUCCUCUUCCAGAAUGCCUUUGCCCAGCAAGCAGUGUGCGCCCCGAGCCGCGUGUCCUUCCUCACCGGGAGGAGACCCGACACCACACGCCUGUACGACUUCAACUCCUACUGGAGGGCCCACGCUGGAAACUUCUCCACCAUCCCGCAGUACUUCAAGGAGAAUGGCUACGUGACCAUGUCGGUUGGAAAAGUCUUUCACCCUGGAAUAUCUUCUAAUCACAGCGAUGAUUCUCCAUAUAGCUGGUCUGUUCCACCUUACCAUCCCUCCUCUGAAAAGUAUGAAAACACCAAGACCUGUAAGGGGCCAGACGGAGAACUCCAUGCCAACCUGCUUUGCCCUGUGGAUGUGGCAGGUGUACCCGAGGGCACGUUGCCUGACAAACAGAGCACCGAGCAAGCCAUACGAUUGUUGGAGAAGAUGAAAACAUCUGCCAGUCCUUUCUUCCUGGCCGUUGGGUAUCACAAGCCUCACAUCCCCUUCAGAUACCCCCAGGAGUUUCAGAGGCUGUACCCCUUGGAGAACAUCUCGCUGGCUCCUGAUCCCCAAGUCCCUGCUGGCCUGCCUCCUGUGGCCUACAACCCCUGGAUGGACAUCAGGCAGCGGGAGGACGUCCAAGCUUUAAACCUCAGUGUGCCCUAUGGCCCAAUCCCUGUGGACUUUCAGCGGAAAAUCCGCCAGAGCUACUUUGCCUGUGUUUCGUACUUGGAUUCGCAGGUUGGCCAACUUCUGAGUGCUUUGGAGGCUCUUCAGCUGGCCACCAGCACGAUCAUUGCGUUUACCUCAGAUCACGGGUGGGCUCUAGGCGAACAUGGAGAAUGGGCUAAAUACAGCAAUUUUGACGUCACUACGCGCGUGCCCCUGAUGUUCUACGUUCCAGGAAGGACGGCCCCGCUUCCCAAGGCAGGCGAGAAGCUUUUCCCUUACAUCAACCCUUUGGAUUCCGUCUCAGCGUUGACGGAGCCAGGUCGGCAAACCAUGGACCUCGUGGAACUUGUCUCUCUCUUCCCCACGCUCGCUGGACUUGCGGGCCUGCACAUUCCACCUCGUUGCCCCGUUCCCUCAUUUCAUGUGCAGCUGUGCCGAGAAGGCCAGAGCCUUCUGAAGCAUUUUUGGUUCCAUGACUCGGAAGAGGACCUGGCCCUCCGUGAUAAUCCCCGUGAGUCGAUUGCCUAUAGUCAGUACCCCCGACCUGCAGACUCGCCUCAGUGGAAUUCUGACAAGCCGAGCUUAGAAGACAUCCAGGUCAUGGGCUAUUCGAUACGCACGAUAGACUACAGGUAUACCGUGUGGGUUGGCUUCAGUCCCCAUGAAUUCCUGGCUAACUUUUCUGAUGUCCAUGCAGGGGAACUCUAUUUUGUAGAUUCUGACCCUUUGCAGGAUCACAACGUGUAUAAUGACACCCAAGGUGGAGACCUUCUCCGCUCAUUGACACCUUGAGUUGUGCCAACCGCCGAGGGCAUAUAUGUAAUGCGCUCCCAUCCAGCUGGUGAGAGAAGGGGUUAGAGCCGGUCAUUUUGUGAUUACCCAUAAUAUUGGAAGCAGCCCGAAGGGCACACAACACAACAUGCAGUGACGCUUUGGUCUAAGAAUGUGUAACAGGCAGACCUUUGAUUUGGUCUUUCUUAAUUUCCAGUCGGUAAUUGCACUGGUGCUGGGCUGAACCUUUCUUUCCUUUUUAUCUUUGAAUGGAGAUAUAUAUAUAUAUUUUUUUUGGGGGGGGAAUAGUGUGUUUUUC